UCUGUGGUCAGGGAACUGUUCGCAGAGCACAGCUGCGCAGUGCUGUCAGUGUCUGAUCCCAGCUCUCGGCUCCUCAGCCCCCUGCCCAAGAUGAUUCCAGCAGUGAUCUUGCUCUUACUCCUUUUGGUUGAACAAGCAGAGGCCCUGGGAGAGCCUCAGCUCUGCUAUAUCCUGGACGCCAUCUUGUUCUUAUAUGGUAUUGUCCUCACCCUGCUCUAUUGUCGACUCAAGAUCCAGGUUCGAAAGGCAGCUAUAGCCAACUAUGAGAAAUCAGAUGGUGUUUACACGGGCCUGAGCACCCGGAACCAGGAGACAUAUGAGACUCUGAAGUAUGAGAAACCACCCCAAUAGCUUUAGAUAUCCUUGGUCACAUCUUUCUGUGGCUUUCAGUUCACCUCCCAGCCCUUAUGGUCAGCAUUGUAUAUGCCUCCACACUCUUAAUGCCAACUGACCUUAUCCCUAUAAUGAUGCCAGGCCUCAUGUUAAUGUACACCAGGGAUUUCUCCUCCCACUUAAAGACUUAUGCUCAGAUGCUCUUCAAUGUGUUUAUUUUCUAGUCUCACUCCCUUGCCCAACCAUUCUUCCCUCCCCCCCUCCCCAACUCUUGUUAAACAAUGGGAAGGGAGAUCCUUAAUAAAGCUGCCACAGACUGUA